CUCCUCUCUCCUCUUGAGUGAUGUGGGCCUUGUCCCCUCCUCUCCUCAAGACCCUUCCAUCCCCCGCCAUGCCAUAAGCUUCCUCUGUCGAUCAAACUCAACUCAGUCUGUCCUUCCAACCAUGCCGACCUCCAAACCCGAUGAGUUGCUGUCGACCCUCGAAACCACUCCGCUCCAAUCCGAGCACAAUGCGACGGCGUCGACGUACCGCGAAAAGGCCGACGUGCUCAACCGGGCCAUCCAGGACAUCGGCAUGGGCCGAUACCAGUGGCAGCUGUUCGGCGUCAUCGGCUUCGGCUGGGCCAGCGACAACCUGUGGCCCAUCGUCACCUCCCUCAUCCUCGUCCCCGUCUCCUACGAGUUCCACGUCGCCCAGCCGCCCUUGCUCUCGCUGGCCCAGAAUAUCGGCCUCCUCGCCGGCUCUCUCUUCUGGGGCUUCACCUGCGACCUGUUCGGUCGCCGGUGGGCCUUCAACCUCACCAUCGCCAUCACCGCCGUCUUCGGUCUGGUCGGGGCAGGCUCGCCGUCCUUCGCCGCUGUGGGCCUCUUUGCCGCGCUGUGGUCCUUUGGCGUCGGAGGCAACCUCCCCGUCGACUCUGCCAUCUUCCUCGAGUUUCUGCCCGGGUCGCAUCAAUACCUGUUGACCGUGUUAUCGAUCAACUGGGCGCUGGCCCAGCUAUUUGCCAAUCUGGUCGCCUGGCCCCUCAUCGGUGGAAUGACCUGCGCGUCGGCCGAGAACUGCACCCGGGCUUCAAACAUGGGCUGGAGAUACUUUCUCAUCGCGAUGGGCGGGCUGGCGCUGGUCAUGUGCAUCGCGCGGUGUGUGUUCUUCACCCUCUUCGAGUCCCCCAAAUAUCUCAUGGGCAAGGGACGCCACGAGGAAUCGGUCGCGGUCGUCCACGAGGUCGCGCGCCGCAACGGGACUACAUCACUUUUAUCCACCGACGACCUGAGCGACGAAACGACCUCCAACGACGAUGUCACAGAGACAACUCCAGCAUCCCGCCCGCGACUGAGUGCGACCGACCAGCUCCGCAUGCGUCUGGAGCCGCUCUCAGCCCCGUAUAUCCGCGCGCUGUUCCGCAGCCCACGUCGCGCCUGGACGACGAGCCUGAUGAUUCUCAUCUGGACGCUGAUCGGGCUGGGCUUUCCACUGUACAACAACUUCCUCCCCUACCUCCAACAAACCCGCGGCAUCCAGUUUGGCGACGGCUCCACGUCCGUCACGUACCGCAACUCGUUGAUCAUCGCGGCGGUCGGGGUCCCGGGGAGCCUGGUGGGCGGGGUGAUGGUGGAGAUGCCUCGGUUCGGGCGCAAGGGCACGCUCUCGCUCGCCACGCUCUUGACCGGGGCGUUCCUGCUGGCAUCCACCACGGCGCACACCUCCACCACCCUCCUGGGGUGGAACUGCGCCUACAGCUUCACGAGCAGCCUGCUGUACGCGGUGCUGUACGCGUACACGCCGGAGAUCUUCGAGACGCAGCACCGCGGGACGGGGAACGCGCUGGUCGGCGGCGCGAAUCGCAUCGGGGGCAUCCUGGCGCCGAUCAUCGCGAUGGUGUCGAACGUGCAAACGGCGGUGCCGGUAUACAUCAGCGGGGGGAUGUUUCUGGCGGCUGGGUUGCUGGUGGUUUUGAUUCCGGUGGAAACAAGGGGGCGGACCAGCAUGUAAGGAUCGCAUCGCACACAUGCCAGGAUCCUAGCCUCCUAGGGUCCCAGGGUCCCAGGGUCCCAGGGCGAUCAGGCCAGGUCAGGUCGCAUCGCAUCCCGUGAGAGCCUGGGAGAGACACGGGAUGGCAUGGGAUGGGAUGCAGUGUCCGUGCUACACGUGGAUUGUACACAGCAGGGUCGUCCGUCAUACCAUUUGGGGCCCAGGAAUGGCCCAGCCACGGGGGACAGAAUAGUUCUAGCUCCGCUGGACAGAAGACAGGAGCGACGGUGCCACUUACAACUUUACUGAACUGUAGUUCGUACGGUCUGUCCAGGACAGGGACUUCUCC